AGCGGAGGUUUGGUCCUCUACGGGUGCCGGGAGAGUGAGGGGACGAAGAGGCGAACGAGCCGCUGCUGCGGGGAAACGGACUGGAGUUGGGCCUGCGGUUACUACCGCCAUGCCGAGAGAAAUCAUCACUCUGCAGCUGGGCCAGUGUGGCAACCAGAUCGGGUUUGAGUUCUGGAAGCAGCUCUGUGCAGAACAUGGCAUCAGUCCAGAGGGCAUUGUGGAAGAAUUUGCAACGGAGGGCACUGAUCGUAAGGAUGUCUUUUUCUACCAGGCAGAUGAUGAGCACUAUAUCCCACGAGCUGUUCUCCUGGAUCUGGAGCCGCGAGUCAUUCAUUCCAUCCUAAACUCCCCAUAUGCUAACCUGUACAACCCAGAAAACAUAUAUCUGUCUGAGCAUGGUGGUGGGGCUGGAAACAACUGGGCCAGUGGCUUUUCACAGGGAGAAAAGAUCCAUGAAGACAUCUUUGACAUUAUAGACCGAGAAGCUGAUGGCAGUGACAGUUUAGAGGGUUUUGUGCUGUGCCAUUCCAUUGCAGGAGGGACUGGAUCGGGCUUGGGUUCUUACCUCCUUGAGAGACUGAAUGACAGGUACCCGAAGAAACUGGUGCAGACGUACUCGGUCUUCCCCAACCAAGACGAGAUGAGCGAUGUGGUAGUGCAACCGUACAACUCUCUUUUGACACUCAAACGGCUGACCCAGAAUGCUGAUUGCGUGGUGGUUCUAGAUAACACAGCUCUGAAUCGCAUUGCCACAGACAGGCUGCACAUCCAGAACCCUACAUUUUCCCAGAUCAACCAGCUGGUCUCCACCAUCAUGUCCGCCAGUACGACCACCUUACGUUACCCGGGCUAUAUGAAUAAUGAUUUGAUUGGACUCAUUGCUUCCCUUAUCCCCACCCCCAGGUUGCAUUUCUUGAUCACGGGGUACACACCUCUCACCACGGACCAGGCUGUAGCCAGUGUGCGCAAAACCACCGUCCUUGAUGUGAUGCGGCGCCUUCUGCAGCCCAAGAAUGUCAUGGUGUCCAUGGGGCGUGAUCGGCAGACAAACCAUUGCUACAUUGCCAUCCUCAACAUAAUUCAGGGAGAAGUGGAUCCCACCCAGGUCCAUAAGAGUUUGCAGCGGAUCCGGGAAAGGAAGCUGGCCAACUUCAUCCCUUGGGGCCCAGCCAGCAUUCAAGUGGCACUUUCCAGGAAGUCUCCAUACUUGCCUUCAGCUCACAGAGUCAGCGGUCUGAUGAUGGCUAAUCACACCAACAUCUCCUCACUCUUUGAACGCACCUGCCAUCAGUAUGACAAACUGCGCAAGCGUGAGGCCUUCCUGGAGCAAUUCCGCAAGGAAGAUAUAUUCAAAGACAAUUUUGAUGAACUUGAUGACUCGCGCAAGAUUGUCCAGGAGCUGAUUGAUGAAUACCAUGCUGCGACUCGGCCUGACUACAUCUCCUGGGGCACACAAGAGCAGUGAAGAGGCCUUGUUGGUUCUCUGUCUGGAGGCGUUCGUCUCCUGAAAAUAUCAAGGCUCCCUGUUUCAAUGACCUGUGAUAAGAGUGAGGGCAGGACACUCACGUGUCCCCAAGUUGAGGGAAAUAAUUGUAUAUAAGAAGAGACUUUCUUACUGUAGGUCAUAUAUUUGUCUGUCUUACUAGACUAGGUGGAAACCAGCCCAUUUUAUGUGGUAUCCUCAUUUGAACUGGGAUUCAUUAGGUCCAGUAAGAUUUUUCCUGUCUGUUCCCUCAAAAGUGUAGUUCCUUCAUUAAAUGUUUCCAUUCCUGUAAUGAUAUUUAAAUAAACAUGUUCCUGAUUG